GCACACUCCAAGAGGCUGCUGGCGCUGGCCCGCGCGGCACCGACAUUGGGAGCGCGCUUCGCGCUGACUCAGCGGCGACGGUGGCGGCGGCGUUAGCCGGCCCUCGCGCUCUUUCCCUUCCUGGGGCGCCGACCCCGCCCGCCUGCUUGCUAGUCUGCCUGCUCGGCGCCACGCAAGAGAAGGCGCCAGGGGACGCGGAGCCGCGAGAGGCGCGCGGCCCCAGCCUGCUCGGUCUCCGGCGUUAGCGCUGCGGCCGUGGCGGAGGACUACGGCGACAAGGACGAGGGCCGCUCACCCCGCUGCCUGCGUGCAGCGUCGCUCCACUCCGCUGACCGGCCCUCGGGAGUGCAGGCGGCGAGGCGAGAUGGAGUGAUAGGGAAGGAAUAGAGAAGCGUGAUGGUUCCCUGUAACCAGAAAAACGAGUACUUUUGGAAGCACUAAUUAGUUGUUACUGGGGGAAGUUACGUUUUAUUAAAGCGACUUGUUAGCAUGAUGUUAAAAGGCUGGAAAGAUAUGUUUGUGGAUUCUUCUGUGGGAUCAGAGGGCACGCCUAUUUUAAUCAGAAAACUCCAAGUAUAACAGCAGGAAUGGACGAACAGGCUCUUUUAGGGCUAAAUCCAAAUGCUGAUUCAGACUUUCGACAAAGGGCCCUGGCCUAUUUUGAGCAGUUAAAGAUAUCCCCAGAUGCCUGGCAGGUGUGUGCAGAAGCUCUAGCCCAGAGGACUUAUAGUGAUGAUCACAUAAAGUUUUUCUGCUUUCAAGUAUUAGAACAUCAAGUUAAAUACAAAUAUUCAGAACUAACCACUGUUCAACAACAACUAAUUAGGGAGACGCUCAUAUCUUGGCUUCAAGCUCAGAUGCUGAAUCCCCAACCAGAGAAGACCUUUAUACGAAAUAAAGCAGCCCAAGUCUUCGCCUUGCUUUUUGUUACAGAAUAUCUCACUAAAUGGCCCAAGUUUUUUUUUGACAUUCUCUCAGUAGUGGACCUAAAUCCAAGGGGAGUAGAUCUGUACCUCCGAAUCCUCAUGGCUAUUGAUUCAGAGUUGGUAGAUCGUGAUGUGGUUCAUACAUCAGAGGAGGCUCGUAGGAAUACUCUAAUAAAAGAUACCAUGAGGGAGCAGUGCAUUCCAAGUCUGGUGGAAUCAUGGUACCAAAUCUUACAAAAUUAUCAGUAUACUAAUUCAGAAGUGACAUGUCAGUGCCUUGAAGUAGUUGGGGCUUAUGUCUCUUGGAUAGACUUAUCCCUUAUAGCCAAUGAUAGGUUUAUAAAUAUGCUGCUAGGUCAUAUGUCAAUAGAAGUUCUACGAGAAGAAGCAUGUGACUGUUUAUUUGAAAUUGUAAAUAAAGGAAUGGACCCUGUUGAUAAAAUGAAGCUAGUAGAAUCCUUGUGUCAAGUAUUACAGACUGCUGGAUUUUUUAGCAUUGACCAGGAAGAAGAUGUGGACUUCCUGGCCAGAUUUUCUAAGCUGGUAAAUGGAAUGGGACAGUCAUUGAUAGUUAGCUGGAGUAAAUUAAUUAAGAAUGGGGAUAUCAAGAAUGCACAAGAGGCACUACAAGCUAUCGAAACAAAAGUGGCGCUUAUGUUGCAGCUACUAAUUCAUGAGGAUGAUGACAUCUCCUCUAACAUUAUUGGGUUUUGUUAUGAUUAUCUUCAUAUUUUAAAACAGCUUACAGUGCUCUCAGAUCAGCAAAAAGCUAAUGUAGAGGCAAUCAUGUUGGCCGUUAUGAAAAAAUUGACUUACGAUGAAGAAUAUAACUUUGAAAAUGAAGGUGAAGAUGAAGCCAUGUUUGUAGAGUAUAGAAAACAACUGAAGUUAUUAUUGGACAGACUCGCUCAAGUUUCACCAGAGUUACUGCUGGCUUCUGUUCGCAGAGUUUUUAGUUCUACCCUGCAGAACUGGCAGACCACACGGUUUAUGGAAGUUGAAGUAGCAAUAAGAUUGCUGUAUAUGUUGGCAGAAGCUCUUCCAGUAUCUCAUGGUGCUCACUUCUCAGGUGAUGUUUCAAAAGCUAGUGCUUUGCAGGAUAUGAUGCGAACUUUGGUAACAUCAGGAGUCAGUUCCUAUCAGCAUACAUCGGUGACAUUGGAGUUCUUUGAAACUGUUGUUAGAUAUGAAAAGUUUUUCACAGUUGAACCUCAACACAUUCCAUGUGUAUUAAUGGCUUUCUUAGAUCACAGGGGUCUGCGGCAUUCCAGCGCUAAAGUUCGGAGCAGAACUGCUUACCUGUUUUCUAGAUUUGUCAAAUCUCUCAAUAAACAAAUGAAUCCUUUCAUUGAAGAUAUUUUGAAUAGAAUACAAGAUUUAUUAGCCCUUUCUCCACCUGAGAAUGGUUACCAGUCCUUGUUGAGCAGUGAUGAUCAACUCUUUAUUUAUGAGACAGCUGGAGUGCUGAUUGUUAAUAGUGAAUACCCAGCAGAAAGGAAGCAAGCCUUAAUGAGGAAUCUAUUGACUCCACUAAUGGAGAAGUUUAAAAUUCUGUUAGAAAAAUUGAUGCUGGCACAAGAUGAAGAAAGGCAGGCAACUCUAGCUGACUGUCUCAACCAUGCUGUUGGAUUUGCCAGUCGAACCAGCAAAGCUUUCAGCAACAAGCAGACUGUGAAACAGUGUGGCUGCUCUGAAGUUUAUCUGGACUGUUUACAGACAUUCUUGCCAGCCCUCAGUUGUCCCUUACAAAAAGAUAUUCUCAGAAGUGGAGUUCGCACUUUCCUUCAUCGAAUGAUUAUUUGCCUAGAGGAAGAAGUUCUUCCAUUUAUCCCAUCUGCCUCAGAACACAUGCUCAAAGACUGUGAAGCAAAAGACCUCCAGGAGUUCAUUCCUCUAAUCAACCAGAUUACGGCCAAAUUUAAGAUACAGGUAUCCCCAUUUUUACAACAGAUGUUCAUGCCCUUGCUCCAUGCAAUUUUUGAAGUGCUACUUCGACCUGCUGAAGAGAAUGACCAGUCUGCUGCUUUAGAGAAGCAAAUGUUGCGGAGAAGUUACUUUGCCUUCCUGCAAACAGUCACAGGCAGCGGAAUGAGCGAAGUUAUAGCAAAUCAAGGUGCAGAGAAUGUAGAACGAGUGCUUAUUACCAUUAUCCAAGGAGCAGUUGAAUAUCCAGAUCCAAUUGCUCAGAAAACAUGUUUUAUCAUCCUCUCAAAGUUGGUAGAACUCUGGGGAGGUAAAGAUGGACCAGUGGGAUUUGCUGAUUUUGUUUAUAAGCACAUUGUCCCUGCAUGUUUCCUAGCACCUUUAAAACAAACCUUUGACCUGGCUGAUGCACAAACAGUAUUGGCUCUCUCUGAGUGUGCUGUGACACUGAAAACCAUUCAUCUCAAACGGGGCCCAGAAUGUGUUCAGUAUCUUCAACAAGAAUACCUGCCCUCCUUGCAGGUAGCUCCAGAAAUAAUUCAGGAGUUUUGUCAAGCGCUUCAGCAGCCUGAUGCUAAAGUUUUUAAAAAUUACCUAAAGGUGUUCUUCCAGAGAGCAAAGCCCUAAGGACUGGAUUUCCCUUUGCCUACUUCAUGAUCAGGAAUUCCAGUUAAUAAUUUAUAAAGAAGCAAUUUUUGUGUGCCAUUCACACUUUUUUAACAUUGUUUUGAGCUUAUUGCAUAUAUGUAUUAGAAUUUUUCUGUAAAAUGGGUGUAAUUUUCCCUACAUACAGGUAUGUGACAACAAGAGAAGUUGCUUGCAUGCCAGCUCAAAUUGUUCUAUAUAAAAAUGCUGUUAAAAGACAGCAGAGUUAUGCCUCUUAAUUUUUUUCUUUAUUUGAAACUUUAAGUCCUUUCUUUAUGAAGACCGUAGCAGUGGAAAACAGUGUAAUUUUCUUAAAAAUUGAUGAAAAUGUUUAAAAUUUUUAGUUUUAUGUGUGCAGACACAUAAAGUAUGGGGGGAAUACAACAGUCAAAACUAAUUUUUUGUAGAUAGCCAUUACGUUUCUUUAAACUGUUUCAAUGCCAAUGUGUAUUCUACAAGAGAAUGGGUUCAUAAAUUAAUUGAUUGAAAAGUAGGUGCCGGUGUUAUACAUUUUUUAUAAAAUAAAAAAAAUAAUAAAUUUUAUGUAGUGAAAUCUACCAAGUCUUUACUGGAAUUAUUAUAAAAAUUUUGGCCUCAUUUCCCUUUCUCACUCUGAUUUUCCAUUUAAAAGUUUGCAUAUAUGGGUAUAUGGAUGCCUUAUUUCACUUAAUUACAGCCCUAAAAGGUUACGUGCAACUUCAUUCUGUUUAAGUGCACUAGAAAAAGCCUAUGUGAAUCUAUUCAUGGAAUUAAAAAUCCCAAUCCCAGUUUUUUUUUUUUUUUCUGUUAUUGUGUGUACUUAGAGUGUGUACUUAUGUGUUUAUGUUUGUAAAUAGCUACUAUUUAAUUACUAGAAUCACUUCUCCCUGCCUUCCUCAUUUUUACUCAUGACUACUGGAGAAAGCAAGAGGAACAAUAAUAGUAUCAAUACUAGUACUAGAAGAGAGAGGAGGAAUAAAACCGAGCAGCAGAAUAACUACAGUCAUUUAAGUUUAAAUUUUAAAGGUCCAAUUAAGAUAUUCAGGGAGGAGGUUGGGAGAUGUAGCUCAGUGGUAAAGCACCUGCCUAAUAUGUGUGAAACCCUGAGUUUGUUUUCCAGCAUCACAAAAGGAAAGGAGGGGGAGAAAAAUUUUUUUUUCAGGGAGGGUUUAUUGUGUUUUUUUGCCUUUGGCCAGUGCACUGCCUAGGAGUUUUGUGGAUGGGCUUCAGUAGCCUAUAAAUUCCCUAAAAUUGUAUUCUGAAUUGUGCACCUGAAUCUUUUUCUGGGUUUUAUUCCACAAGAAACUUUAAGCAUUUUCCUUACAUUGUGGAAUAAAGGUACUAAACUAAAUUGACAGUUAACUAUAAAAAUAGGUCACUGGAAUGUAUAAAUGUUUUUAAAAAUAGUUAAGUGAAAGUGGGUGCUUCUCCUGAAGUAUGGUAGAGAUAAUUGCAUCUCUUGCAAUAAUAGUAAUUAUUCAAUGAGUAGCGUAGCAGAGUAGUUAGAAGUUUAUGUAACACUGGCUCUGGAUCCAGGUUAUAUAGGUUUAGAUACCAGUUCUGCCAGUAACUAGUUUAAAACCUGGAUCAAGUUAAAUAACUUCUUCCUGCCUUAGUUUUCCCAUCUCAAAAAUGGGGAAAAUAAUGGUAGCUACCUCAUAACUCAUUUAGAAUUCCAUAAGUUAGGUCUGGGAUGUAGCUCAGUGGUAACAUGGUAGCUUGCCUAACAUACAAGGCCCUGAGUUCAAUCCCCACUACUACCAAAAAAAAAGUUCCAUAAGUUAAACAUGAACUUAUUUAUUAGUACUAUUAGUGUAUUAUUAAUUACACAUGCAGAAAAUUGAUAUCCUUUUCUCUAGCUCUUUCGCUGGGAGGAACAGAGUCUUGCUGUGUUUCCCAGGCUUGCCUCAAAUACCUGGGCUCAAGCCUUCCAAGUAUCUGGUACUGCAGACAUGUAUCAAUACGCCUAGCUGUUCUUUAAAGCUAAUUCUUCAAAGCCCUUCAGAAUAUUCCCGUGUUUAGAGCUAGGAGAAAUCAGGACGUGGAAAUCAGAGUGUAAAUAGAAAUUGAACUCUUCUGUUACAUGAUCAUGUAUAACAAUUAUCUUCAUUCCUUAAAGUUCCCCCAAGUACUAUUACAGUCCCAUCAAUUACCUUAUUUUCAAAAGCAAGCACCUAAAUGUUUGUCUCAAGGGUGAAUCUCACUUUUUACAGUUGAGAUAAAUGAGGCAAAAGACUUGGGAAUUUGUGUGACUUGACUAUGGAACCACAGGGUUUUUAUGAUGCCUGAUUUAGUCCUGUGCCUAACAGUUUAUUUAAAGUAUAAUGCUAAAAUUAAUCAGUUCACAAGUGGCUUGGCCUUUUAGGAAAGUAUUGUGUGGUAUUUUAAUGUGCAUCACUUAUGUGGUAAACGUGAAGUUCUCUGGCUCAGUCACAUUUCCUCCCACAGCUUUGAGCUGUGGGUUUUACUGUUAGAAGGAACUUUGACAGGUCUUCACUCUUCUCAUGAUAUAAAAGAACUAAAAGUGGUUGGAAUUGUAAGCCGUGAAUACAUUGUUGUUAGAAUUAUUUCCUCACUUAAACAUUGUUUUAAAAAUCUAAUAAAAUAAUUUCCUUUCUAAGAA